AUGGGCAAUCCGGAUUCAGACACCAAGAGAAAUGUGGUCUCGAGUGUGUUUGAUCCUGCACUCUCUCGAUUCGUUGGAUUCUCUCAGAAGCUCCAUACCUGUUUCAAGUCCCAGCUGAAGAAUUUGACAGCUGAUAAACAUGGGAUUGGUUCUUCAUGGAGGCAAGAUAAAGAAAUCUCAUCAAGCUCCAUACAAAUGGACCUUGAGAAGCAGUUAGAUAGUUGGAGAGGAAACCCUUCGUGGACCGAUCAGACCCCAAUCAUUAAGGUGAGUAUUCCAAAAGGAUCGCUUUGCAAUCUCAAAGCGGAGGUGAACGUUGGGUUACCUCCCGACGCAGUCUAUAACAUUGUGAUUGAUCCAGACAACAGAAGAGUCUUCAAGAAUGUCAAGGAGGUUAUGUCGCGGAAAGUAUUGGUAGAUGAAGGGUUGAGGCAAGUGGUGGAAGUGGAACAAGCAGCUUUUUGGAGAUUUCUCUGGUGGUCAGGAACAAUCUCAGUUCAUGUCUUGGUGGAUCAGGACCGAGCAGAUCAUUCUAUGAGGUUCAAGCAAGUGAAGAGCGGGUUCAUGAAGAGAUUCGAAGGAAGCUGGAAAGUACAGCCUUUGUUUGUGGACGAACACAUGUGCGAUCGUCUUAAACCGAAAACGCUGGAGGAAUAUAACAAGUGCACCGGAGGUAGAGGGAGGAUCGGGUCAAAGGUGACGCUGGACCAGCUGAUACAGCCGGCGAUUGUUCCACCGCCGCCCAUUUCUUGGUAUCUGAGAGGAAUCACGGCCAAGACAACGGAGAUGCUCAUCCAUGACUUGUUGGCUGAGACCGCUAGGAUCCGCAAACGUUUGGCAACCGGAGAAACGGAGGAGAGUCACUCGCCGGAUGAGCAACGGAUUGGGAAAGCCGGAAAUAUAAAGGAAAGAUGGGCUGCACACAGAAGAACAUCAAGGAAACGGCGAAAAGAUUUGUGCUGA